AUGCAAGUUUCAAACGCUUCAUGGGUUGAGGUGAGAAACAGGACCCCAGGCCCUUUUGAGGGGCCGCAAUGGCCCAACCUGGCCCCACAGAGCACCUACAUAUCAGUGGCUGUCCUCAUGGGGCUGGUGGUCAUCUCGGCCACCUUGGCGAAUGGCUUGGUGAUUGUGGUCUCUGUCCAGUUCAAGAAGCUCCGCUCUCCUUUGAACUACGUCCUGGUGAACCUGGCCGUGGCUGAUCUCUUGGUCACCUUCUUUGGGAGCACCAUCAGCUUCGUAAACAACGCCCGCGGCUUCUUUAUCUUUGGCCAGGCGACCUGCGAAUUUGAAGGCUUCAUGGUCUCCUUAACAGGGAUUGUGGGUCUUUGGUCCUUGGCGAUCCUGGCCUUUGAGAGGUAUCUCGUGAUCUGCAAACCAGUGGGCGAUUUCCGCUUCCAGAAAAGGCAUGCGGUGCUUGGUUGUGCUUUCACUUGGGGGUGGUCGUUCAUCUGGACGGUCCCACCACUCCUCGGCUGGAGCAGCUACGUCCCUGAAGGCUUGAGAACAUCCUGCGGCCCCAACUGGUACAGCGGCGGAAGCAGCAACAACAGCUACAUCAUGACUUUGUUUGUGACCUGCUUUGCAAUGCCUCUCAGCACAAUCCUCUUCUCCUACGCCAACUUGCUCAUGACGCUGCGAACCGUGGCGGCUCAGCAGAAAGAGCAGGUGACAACUCAGAGGGCCGAGAGGGAGGUGACGCGAAUGGUUGUCGCCAUGGUGGCUGCCUUCCUCGUCUGCUGGCUGCCCUACGCCAGUUUCGCCAUGGUGGUCGCCACCCACAAGGACCUCGCCAUACGGCCAGCGCUCGCUUCCCUGCCGUCGUAUUUUUCCAAGACGGCGACAGUGUACAACCCCAUCAUCUAUGUCUUCAUGAACAAGCAGUUCCGCAGUUGCCUCCUCUACACGAUGAGCUGUGGCCACAGACCAUUAUCUUCCCAGGACACGACACCGGCUGGGAUCAGCCUCCCAGGCCGCCUCACCACCUCAGCUUCUGAAGGAAGCAGGAAUCAAGUGUCACCUUCCUAA